AUAAAUACUGCCAGAGACGAUGACCAACAACAACACACUGCAAGUGUUCCUUGUAAUCGCCAUCGUGUUAAUCAAUGGCGCUUAUGGAUUUGAAAAACGGUGCUAUCAUGACGACAAUGAUGAUGCAGACGUCUAUACGUUGGUAAUGCGUGCACAAUUCUUUACCGGUGACGCCAUGCAAAUCAUUGCGUUGAAUGGAAUAAGCAACGCGCCGACCAAUUGUUAAAGCGAAGUCACGGGAUCAAUUAACGAGCUGGUUAUCAAAUACAAGAUAUCAUCUGCUACUCAAACAACCCCGAACCCGUCAACCAACGACUGCUUUGUUACGUAUUCAGCCGCUACAUUUAGUGUAAAGGUAGCAGUACAAGGAAACCCGGAUUUUGUGACGAUAACCGACCGCUUAUAUGAAGUAGAUUGUAACACAAACGCUGCAGAUUUAGGUUUUUAAAAUUUGUUAGGCAUGCACAUAGCAUACGUCCCAACCAUUAACGCAGCAGUCACUCGAAAGGACAAAGUGACCGUGCAGUUGAUCAAAGUGGGUGGAACAGGCAGCGGCUUUCCAGUAAAAAAUCCGGUCCUCCUGGGUGGUAGGGUACGGGUGCGGAUGACUUACACACUCGAUCUUGCCGCUACAGUCGGGGAAUACCCGAUCGGCCUCCACAACUUUGAUCUAACAGUAGGACCAGGGAAUGGAGAAAGCGGACGGGUUCAACUUAUUACCGACAAUGGGUGUGUUCCUUCCACACCAAAUCCAUUUGGCCUGACACAAACGUUUGCAUACAAUAGGCGACUCAGUAGUACUGGAACCCGACGAGUGUUUGAGACAGGACCGUUUAGAAUUGCUAUGUUUGCCACGACUACAUCUAAACAGCUUAACUUCAAAGUACGCUACAUGGCCGAGUGCUACAACCUUAAUCAACAAAAAUGCUUCAAUCAGACGAACUACUGCACAACUCUUAGAAAUAAAAGGGCAACUGACGACGGAGGAAAUACAACACUUUCCUUUUACAUACAGAUAGCAAUGCCCGGAGAAGCCCUCAUGAAACAAGAUAUUGGCUCGGUAAAUAACAUACAUGCUCAGGAAUGUGUCGCCGACAAUACCUACUGGAUCCUCGCUGUCGUGCUUGGUAUCACCUUGCUGAUUGUUACCAUGGUAGCCAUGUUCGUCUUGUGUCGACUGCGCACUGAAUAACAACGUUCGGUCAGGUUCCAAGAAAAACCGGGCUUUUAAAUUUAACCGGCAAACAAACUAACGAAUCGCGAAAUAAAAUGAUUGUAUGAUGUUUUUUGUGACGUAUGUUUCCUUCAUUUUACGACUUUAAUUAAUUCAACUGUGUACUUAACACUCGUUUACUUACAUAACCUGUUUAAUUUAGCAAUAAUACAAAAGUAUACUUUUCUUUUCUACAAAUACUAAUCUGGAGGUGUGCAAAAUGUUGUUUAACAUGCUUAAAAUGAAUAAAUUAUUAAUUACA